CCAUCUGCAUAUGACGAUGCCUCCUGGUUGUGACUGCUGAAGUGAGGGAGGGCGACUAGCGCGCGGCUGUAGCCGAGCAGCCGAACUACUUAAAGCGGGCUGUUGCAACACAGCCAAAGACACCAACGUGCUGUGCAGGGCGAAACAGCGAACAGGCCGGCGACACCACCUCCGACACACUGGAAGGUGGCAGGGGACGAUAGCACUGAAUAAUAGACCACAUAUUUCCUACCGCCACGACCUUUGCGCCGCACACGAAGCGCUCGCGCUCCUCCGAACGCCGCAUCUCCAGGCGGUAACGCCAGGCCUUUGUUGCGCCAGCGGAUUGACCAGCGACAAUAUAUCCAGCAGGCCACGACGAUAUCCUUCCGCCGUUGAUCCCUCGAUCUCCGCGUCUGCUACCGCACUCUGACCGCCAACAUGACCAAUACGCUCGUGGGCGACGUCUACCUCAAGAUCAUUGAGGAGGUCGUAGCAGCGUCGCAGGCCGACUUCGAGGAGAGCGGCGUGGGUUCGCAGACAUUGGGCGAGUUGCAGCAGGAAUGGCAGAACAAGCUGUCACAGCGUGGUGUUGCGCAGAUGCCAUGGGACCCGAAGCCGCAACCUCCGCAGCCGCCGCAGCAACAAAUCGCACCAACUAAUCCCAGCGGCAAUGUGAAUGGCAUGCCUGCCAAUCCUUAUGCCAGCUAUGACGCCUCUCAGGCUGCCUCAAACGGUCAGCGAGUCAAAACUGAACCCGGUAUGGAGCACCAAUACCAUGGCCUUCCAAAUGGCAACUACGGCCAAAACAACGGCCAGCCGAUCCCUGUGCAAGGUGGCGCUGCUCGAGCACAGCAAUUGGUUCAGCAGCAGUUUGGAAAUGCAGCAGCACCGUCUUUGGCUGCCAUGCAACGUGGUGGUCUCGCAUUGCCAGGCCAGCAACAACAGCAGCCGAAACCACAACCGAUGCAGCUGCCACAAGGUAGUCCAGCACAGCAACAGUUCCAACAAGCGCAACAAGCUGCAAUGGCGCAACAGCAGCAGCGGCUGCACCAGCAACAAGCUCAACCUCGCAUCAAGGUCGAAAAUGAUAGUCCACAGCUUCAGCAGGGCCAGUUCCAGCAUCCAAACUACCCCCAGACCGAUGGAGCUACUGAAGAGGACGAUCUUGCGCAAUGGCGCGCUGUGCUCGCCGAGAGACGAGCUGCUCACGCACAGCAGGCACAUCAAGCCGAUCGCAUGAUGCGAGACCAAGUCCUGAGCCUUACAGCUGACCUGUCGAGCGGCUUGAUGGUGCCUCUUGGCGAGCAGCCUUCGUUGCGGAUCAAGAAUAAGAAGCGGUCCACCACCACUUCUGCCGCUGGACCUUCGAUCCCACAGCUCGAUGGAGAUGAAGACGAGGACGAGGAUAAGGGCGUCAAGGAUGAGGACGAUCCCGAUGCCAUCAACUCCGACCUCGAUGACGACGACGAUGAUGGUCAAGGCGCUAUGGGCGACGAAGACGAUGAUCUCGGCGACAGCAUCCUGUGUACGUACGACAAGGUUCAACGCGUCAAGAACAAGUGGAAGUGCACACUCAAGGACGGUGUCAUGAGUGUCUCUGGGAAAGAAUGGGUCUUCCACAAGGGUAUGGGAGAGUUUGAGUGGUAAUUGAAUCACGUCGAAUACCCGAACACCUGAGCACACAAUGGCCGUGCAGUAAGCAGAUCUCUGGAUCGCGCUGCUCUACCUCUAUCAGGUCUCCCAGCCAUCCUGAGGACCAACACAGCUUAUCGGCCAAUAUUGUUUCACACAAUGAUACCCUACCAACAGACCCCAGGGCCAGGGAGGGAUGGAGGGAUGGAGAGGAUUUCUACGUGACGCGACACCGCGUUAAUUUUCAUUAAGGGUUGGCAUAGAUUGAGCACCACAGCCACUACCACUGUUAUCUGCUUGUUUUGUUUUGCUUGCGGCCCCGCGAGAUUCCAGGCACCACCGCGAGGAAACUACGUUUGAUGUACAAAUAGAAUAAGACAAGGCACGGAAAAUGAGAAUGACACUGAUGAUGAAUUAUGCUUCAGUGCUCACAAACUUCGGACGAGAUCUCGUGCUUUGGGAAUGCUCGCGUCGUUAUGUCAUAGCGCGCACUUCUCCUCUUCUUCUGCUUGCUGACUGACUAGAUCUAUCUCUUGCCUGGAUGCGAUCCCCCCCUGCCGUAGUCCCGGCCACUCCUCAAUCUCCUUCGCAAUAGCGAACCUGACAAGCCAUCGCGAACCGCCUGUAUGGCGCCGUCUUGCGUCCUGAGCUCUGUGCUCGUGCAAUCAAUGGCGAUUGGAGCAUCCUUCUCAUGCCAUCCCUCUUCGCUUGUCGCUGCGUUCGUUUGUCAGGCGCCCUCAAGCACUGGCAAUGCCUCGACAUGCGCGGCGGGUAGCGAUGCAGCGAACAGGCUGCUCGGAGGCUCGCCCAGUCCGACUCUUGCCCAUGCCGCUUUUUGCCUCGAGACCAUGCUCUGCUCAUCGCACUUGCAAUGGCAGAACCCCGUCUCGAAUCGUACCAUACUUCUUUCCUCACGAAGAUUUCUGGCUUUAGUGCAUGCAACGAUUUCAAGUCACAAACCAACCACCUCUGAUAUCCGCCUCAUCCAUGCCAAAGCCGAACACGAUUCGGAAUAAAUCUCUCAUCCAAGCCCACUGCUCACUAUUGCCCAGCCACCUUACACUCUUGGCGACUUCGACUGCAGUUACGCGUUUCGAGGACAUCGCAUGUGCAUUUUUCAAACUCUGAUCAUUGACUACAAGUUUCUUGUAGAAGCUC